GGAAAGAAUGGAGCUGCUGCCCAGAGAAUUGGAUUUCCUUUCAUUCCUACUGUUAUUUUAUUUCUACCAAUGACAAAAAAUGGACUGAGAGUGAGAAGAACUGCUCGGGAAUGAAUGCUUAUCUGCUGGUGGUCCACUCCAAAGAUGAGCAGGAUUUCAUUAGCCAGAAAGUGAAUCCAAAGUUUGCUUAUUAUGUGGGGCUGUCAGAUCCAGAGAGGAAAAAUAAUUGGCAGUGGGUCGAUCAGACACCGUACAAUGAAAGUGCCACAUUCUGGCACCCAGAUGAACCCAGUCAGCCUAGUGAUGGUUGUGCUGUACUGCUUUAUCGUUCUUCACCAAGGAAAUGGGGCUUGAAUGAUGUUCGUUGUCAAGAAACUCACAAGUCAAUUUGCAAGAUGAUGAAGAUAUACUUAUGAGUGGAACAUUCUCCAUGUGCAUGUGGCUUAAUUGGCAUUCAUUCUUAAGAGAUAACUCAUUUGUUCUUUUUAUUCAUGUGUCAACAGAAUUUUUCUCUAGGUAGUCACCUAAACCUGUUGACAUUGGGUCAGUAUACAUAUUCAUUACUUUAUUCAUUAACUAAGAGAGCAUUUUCUGAGUAUUUUCCAUGUAAAGACAUUAUAGUAGAGCCUUCCAGAUAAUUAGAGGGAGCAUGUAUCUCCUCUCCUAAUAUUUUUUUAUUGAUAAUUGGCUAGAAAUUGCUAAAAUUGAAUGAUGUGGGUCUUACAUCUAUUUCAGUUGAUCCAAAACAAAGUAAUCUCAACUGUUCCUUUUGAUUUUUCAGAUAGAGUCAUUGCCUUUAAUGGAGAAUAUUGUAGAAUAAUGGAAAUACAAUACAUAUCGUAGAAAAUUAGUUCUUUUUUUUUUUACUCUUUUUUUUAUUCCCUUUUGUUGCCCUUGUUGUUUUUAUUGUUGUAGUUAUUAUUGUUGUUGUCAUUGUUGGAUAGGAUAGAGAGAAAUUGAGAGAGAAGGGGAAGACAGAGAGGAGGAGAGAAAGAUAGACACCUGCGGACCUGCUUCACCGCCUGUGAAGCGACUCCCCUGCAGGUGGGGAGCCGGGGUUUGAACCGCGAUCCUUAUGCCGGUCCUUGUGCUUUGCACCACCUGUGCUUAACCAGCUGCGCUACAGCCCAACUCCCAAUAAGUUCUUAUUUUGAGCCAAUAUACAACAUGGGUUUCUUUUUAUUUUUUUAAGUUGAGGACUUCCUUUUUAAAUAUUGUAUUUACUUAUUUUAAUGAGAGACAUAGAGAAAAGUACAGAGUGAGAGAGGGAGAGAGACUAGAGCAUCGCUUAGCUGUGCUUUAUGGUGGUGCUGGGGACUGAACCUGGGACCUCAGAGCUCAGGCACUAAAAUCAGUUUGCAUAACCAUUAUCCUAUCUCUCCAGCCCUGGAUUUCUUAACAUUUUUGUUUUUAAACUUGGACUCUCCAUUUGAUACACAUAUUCCCUCUAACACUAUGUGAGAAUUCAUAUAGAUUUUAUGUGCUUUCAAUACAUAAUAUAAUUUUUUGCUUGGACAUAAAUGUAUACAUAUAUAGCUACAUAGCUAACAUAAAUUAUAUAUAACAUACUGAAAAAGGAAUAUCAGAGAUUGCACACUAAGGAUCUAGAAUUGGAGAACUGGAAGUUAUUGCCACAGAGUUAACAGAUUUAUAUUCAUCUUGUAUUUUGAGAACAUUUUCUUUGUUUCAGUAUUACAGUUUCUAUGUAUAGCAUGCAGCUCAGAAUGGUUCCUGCUGUUUCUGUUUUCUCUUUUUACUAAAGUUCUUACAUAUGCUUUUCUUCUACUAUAAUAUAAAAUAUAAAGUAUUUAUAAUAAAACCUGUUAUCAAUUA